CCCUUUCUAGUAUUAUGUUUGCAAACCGAGAGCUCCGACAAGCCGCACUGACCGAGCGCGUGGGAGCGACAUGGAAGUCACUUCUAUAAAGUGAAGGAGAAAAGCUUUGGAUGUUGCAACCGGACGGCAGAAAGCCCGGCUGAGCGUGGAUCCAAGCCAUAGGGGACUACUGUAUUCGGGGCUUGCCUGCAUUCAUUCUUCUUAAAGUAGACAAUCAUGUUUCUGAUGAUUUAUUGGGGUCUAGGCUUUUUAUUAUUAAGCUCUGAUUUUUUUAAUGCACUAGCAUCUAAUGAAAGACCGCGUGGUUCAGAGAAAGUCAAAUUACCGGAGUUUGGCGCGUUUGAGAUUGUAACUCCGGCCAGAGUUAACGAAGCCGGUGACAAACUGCCAACGGGCGUGCACUUCAAAAGGAGAAAGCGGAGUACCGACCCAGUAAUCGGCAACAUCUCCCAUCAUUGGCCCUCGUCUCACGUCUAUUAUCAAAUAUCUGCAUUUGGGCAGGACUAUUACCUUAACCUUACUCUCGAGUCGGGAUUUAUUGCGCCAGUUUACACUGUCACGAUACUCGGAGCAUCCAGCGAAAGUCGUAGUUCAAAGCAGGGGGAGGAAGAGGAGAACACUGAGUAUCAGCACUGCUUUUACAGAGGACAUGUGAACGCUGGACAGCAACAUACUGCAGUAAUAAGCCUCUGCUCCGGAUUGCUUGGCACUUUCAGGUCACCGGAAGGGGAGUAUUUUGUAGAGCCCCUUCAUAGCUACAAUGGUGAACAUUAUGACGAAGAACACACCAAACCUCAUAUUGUGUACAGAAAAGAUCCAUUAAAGAGGACUGUAGAAGAUUUAACUGCAUGUGAAACUUCAGGACAUAUCGAGCCACAGAGAAGACACAGGAAUAAUCUGAAGAGACAGUCGCCCUUGAGCAUGCUGUCUGACCUGGAGACUCUUAAUUCCAGACUCUUCUCUGCCCCCUUCCUCUCUACAGAAAACAAGCACAGCUCUGCUAAUGAAAGCAGUGACUCCAAGCCACACCGGAGAUCAAAGCGUUUCCUCUCCUACCCCCGUUUUGUUGAAGUCAUGGUUGUGGCAGACAGCAAAAUGGUGGAACAUCAUGGAAGCAACCUGCAGCAUUACAUUCUUACCCUGAUGUCAAUCGUUUCCUCCAUCUAUAAGGAUCCCAGCAUUGGAAAUCUGAUUAACAUUGUUGUUGUGAAAUUGGUUAUUAUAAAGAAUGAGCUGGACGGUCCCACCAUCUCUUUUAAUGCACAGGCCACUUUAAAAAGCUUCUGCAUAUGGCAGCAGAGUCAGAAUCAUCCAGAUGACCACCACUCACAUCACGACACCGCCAUCCUGAUCACAAGGCAGGACAUCUGUCGAGCACGGGACAAGUGUGACACUUUAGGUCUGGCUGAGUUGGGUACGGUUUGUGAUCCCUACAGAAGUUGCAGUAUUAAUGAGGAUAAUGGACUCAGUACAGCUUUCACCAUUGCUCAUGAGCUUGGCCAUGUGUUUAACAUGCCUCAUGAUGACAGUAACAAAUGUAAGGAGGAUGGAGUUAAGAACCAGCAACAUGUGAUGGCUCCCGCACUCAACUAUUACACCAAUCCUUGGAUGUGGUCCAAAUGUAGUAGGAAAUACAUCACAGAGUUCCUUGACACAGGGUAUGGUGAAUGCCUGCUCGAUGAGCCGGUUUCUAGGCCAUACAGUUUGUCCCAACAGUUGCCUGGGCAGAUAUACAGCGUCAAUAAACAAUGCGAACUGAUAUUUGGGCCUGGGACACAGGUGUGCCCAUAUAUGAUGCAGUGCCGGCGAUUGUGGUGUACCAGUCCAGAAGGAGUCCAGCGAGGCUGCCGAACCCAACACAUGCCCUGGGCUGAUGGGACAGAGUGCUCUCCGGGAAAGCAUUGUAAACAUGGCCUGUGCAUCCCCAAAGAUCAUGAAUCAAUUCCAGUAGAGGGGGCCUGGGGAGUGUGGAGUCCCUUUGGCACAUGCUCAAGGACCUGCGGUGGAGGGAUCAAGAUUGCUGAGCGCGAGUGCAACCGACCCGUGCCCAGAAAUGGGGGAAAGUACUGUGUUGGCCGCAGAAUGAAAUUCCGUUCCUGUAACUCUGAGCCAUGCUCCAAGCAAAAGAAAGACUUCAGGGAGGAACAGUGUGCCAGCUUUGAUGGACGGCACUUCAACAUCAAUGGUCUACCUCCAAAUGUCCGCUGGGUGCCAAAGUAUAGCGGAAUUCUCAUGAAGGAUCGCUGUAAGCUCUUCUGUCGUGUGGCAGGCAGCACAGCCUACUACCAACUCAGGGACAGAGUUAUUGAUGGCACCCAAUGUGGGCCUGACACCAACGACAUCUGUGUGCACGGCCUGUGUAGGCAAGCAGGAUGUGACCACGUGUUGAAUUCCAAGGCCAGGAGAGAUAAGUGUGGGGUGUGUGGUGGGGAUAACUCAUCAUGCAAGACUGUGGCAGGAACGUUCAACAUAGUGCAUUAUGGUUAUAAUGUUGUGGUGCGAAUUCCCAGUGGUGCUACCAACAUAGAUGUGAGACAACACAGUUACUCAGGGAAAACCGAGGACGAUAACUACCUCGCCUUGUCCAACAGUCGUGGAGAAUAUUUACUCAAUGGAGAUUUUGUGGUCAGUAUGUUUAAAAGGGAAAUCAGAGUGGGAAAUGCUGUUAUAGAGUACAGUGGCUCCGACCAUGUGAUUGAGAGAAUUAACUGCACUGACCGUAUAGAGGAGGAGAUUGUUGUCCAGGUGCUCUCUGUAGGUAACCUCUAUAACCCUGAUGUCAGGUAUUCCUACAACAUUCCCAUAGAGGACACACCUCAACAGUUUUUCUGGGAUGUGUACGGCCCAUGGCAGGAGUGCAGUCUUCUAUGCCAAGGAGAGCGCAAGAGAAAACUCUUGUGCAGUCGCGAGUCAGAUCGAGUGAUGGUGUCUGAUCAGCGUUGUCAUGGUUCUAAACCAGCUGUUAUUACUGAGCCAUGCAACACAGACUGUGAACUUAGAUGGCACAUUGCUCCCAAAAGUGAGUGCACAGCCACAUGUGGACUGGGCUACCGGAUUUUGGACAUCUACUGCACCAAGCAGAGCAGAUUGGAUGGCAAGACCCAGAAGGUUGACGACCGUUAUUGCAGCAGCCAACGCAAGCCUGAUGACAAGGAGGUGUGCCAUGGAGGCUGCAACCCUGGCGGAUGGGAGUAUUCCCCCUGGUCAGAGUGCUCAAGGAGCUGUGGAGGGGGAACGCGCCGUAGGAGUGCAGUAUGUGGAAAGUCAGCAGAGGCUGUUGAUGAAAGCAAGUGCAACCCACAAGACAAGCACGCAGUCCAGCCCUGUAAUGAGUUCCUGUGUCCUCAAUGGAAAACUGGAGAGUGGUCAGAGUGUUUGGUGACAUGUGGAAAGGGCUACAAGCACCGGCAGGUUUGGUGUCAGUUUGGAGAAGAGCGUUUGGACGAUCGGUACUGUGACUCCUCCAAACCAGAGUCGGUACAAGCCUGCCAACAGCAAGAAUGUGCAUCCUGGCAGGUGGGACCCUGGGGACAAUGCACCACCACAUGCGGCCCAGGUUAUCAGAUGAGAGCUGUAAAGUGUGUGGUUGGCUCGUAUGGCUCCGUCAUGGAUGACUCUGAAUGUAAUGCAGCAACACGGCCAACAGAAACUCAGGACUGUGAACUCUCUCAGUGCCCCGUCACCCAUCCUGUUGCCCCAGAAAAUAAAGUGAUGUCACAUCCCGUUCAUAAAACACAGUGGCGCUUCGGAUCAUGGACACAGUGCAGCGCCACCUGUGGAAAAGGCAUGCGUAUGCGCUAUGUAAGUUGCCGUGACCAACAGGGUGGAGUUGCGGAGGAAUCAGCCUGCCUUCACCUGCCAAAACCUCCUGCUAGUGAGGUGUGCUCCAUAGUGGCAUGUGGACAGUGGAAAGUUCUGGAAUGGACUGCGUGCUCCGUAUCCUGUGGUCAGGGCACAACCACACGACAAGUAGUGUGUAUAAACUUCAACGAUCAAGUUGUGGAAUUAAGUGAGUGUGACCCGGAUGAUCAACCAGUAGCAGAGCAGGAGUGUGCCAUGCCCCAGUGUCCGUCUCGCUCCAGCAAUCACGGGGGCUAUUCACCUAACCCUGAUUCUCGGAAAAAAGUAGUUGCCACUGGACAAACUGACCAUAACAGAGCUGGCAGACCCCAGUUGCAUCAGUGGAGGACUGGGCCAUGGGGGGCAUGUUCAAGUACUUGUGCUGGAGGGUUCCAGAGGCGUGUGGUGGUGUGCCAGGAUGAGAAUGGUUACCCUGCCAACAGCUGUGAAGAAAGCACACAACCCACAGAGCAACGCUCCUGUGAAUCUGGACCCUGCCCUCAGUGGCUCUAUGGCAGUUGGGGUGAGUGUUCUAAGUCCUGCGGAGGAGGGAUAAAGACCCGGUUGGUCGCUUGUCAGCGGCCCAACGGGGAACGCUUUAACGAUCUGAGCUGUGAAAUUCUUGACAAACCACCCAACCGAGAGCAGUGCAAUACUCAAUCCUGCUCUAUUAACCCUCACUAGAGCACAGAGCAAUGGAGCUCGGUACACUCGUAAUUAUUUUAACUUUUCUCCCUUCAUUAGUUCUAAUUCUCACAACACACCAUUGUUUUUUUGUCUCAAGACAUGAGGAAAACAAACUGAAACUCAAAAUUGUUUGAUCUUUAAGAAAGUAAAUAGCUGGUUUAACGUUUGCUGCUCAUAGGAGAGUGGUUGCACUUACAGACCUACCAAACUUGCAGUUAAAUAUUGUUGUAUAUCUUUAUCAUAACUGAAAAGUGAGCAUCAGUGUGGUUGUUUGAAAGCUGUUUAGCUUUUUUUCCUUCUUUUUUUUUUCUAUGUUAGGUUUCUUUGCCCAAUGCAGCUAUACUCGAGAUAUGUACAAAAAAAUAUCUUUGUUGUGGAUUCUGUUUAAAACAGUAUAGUUGUUGCAUUGCAUUUAGAAUACUCGGGCAGAAAAGCCUUAUAUUACACCUCUAUAGAUCUGAAAAAUCUGGUGAAAGACAGUUUAUUUUAUUAUAUUUAAACUGUCUAUGUGUAUUUCUUCAUAAUCAUGAAAAUGUUGCUUUUUUUAACUAUACCUCAUGUGAACUCAGCUAGCCAUUGACCUAUUACAUUUAUGAUGGUGCUGUUUUUUGGUUCAAGGGAGACUUGAUGUGAAAAUAUGUUUAUAGUUGCUAUAUUUUUGUAUAUUUAAGGUAACUUACAAAAGUAUUUUUUUAAGUAAAUACAAAAAAACAAAAAUUCGUAAUCUGAAAUCAAAUGUAGUUUUGUUAAUUUUAUGUCUUUUGAUUUCCCUGCAAUAUUAAUAUUUGUCUUGGUUAUUUACACAGUAUUAUUUCAAUAUUGUGUAUGAUUGGUCCAACAACGAAAAUGAUGUUCUAAUAUAGUGUAUAAAAUUCUUAGGGUAGGCCAGUUAGUUUUGUCUCUGAAGUUUGCUUACUGGACAGUUUUUUGGUUUUUUUUGUGUCUACCUCAUUUUCAAUGAAAAGUCCCACAUCCAUCCACUAUAUUUAUGGAUAGGGAAGAUAAAUGCUAAUAUAUCCUGUAGCAUCCACAAGCAACCAUUUAUUGAUAUCCAUACAAAUUUGCAUUAUUGUCCAAAGAUGCCAUGGUGCUAGUGUCUAUGGUGCAAUUCCCUUUCAUGACAUGUUCUGUUAAUGUCAUCAGUGAUUUGAAUCAAAUGGCAGUAAUGAAGAAAUGUAUGUGCAUUUUUGUAUGUUCUUGUAAGUAUUUGUAUUUAUUUCUGCUGCCAUACAAUGUGUCCUUAUUUGUUUGAACCUGAUGAUGGGAAAAUUAAACCAUUGCAAGAUUAUGUUUUUUAAAUGUUAUAUUGUUCUUUAUUAUUAUUAUUAUUAUUACUAUAGUAACACUUUACAAUAAAGUUCCAUUCGUUAAUAUAAUGUAUUAGGUAUCAUGAACAAACAAUGAACAAUAUAUAUUUUUAGAGCAUUUAUUAAUAUUUGAUCAUGUUAUUUAUAUAAAAACACAAUUGUUC